AUGGAAUUCGGGGAAAGCGGCAGCGAGUCUGCAGACGACCUAAGAGAAGCCAAUCGACAGCUCGAACAGCUUCGGCAGCAGCGUGGACUUGGCUCAGAGCAGCAUGGAUUUGUUGCCCGAAACCUCGAAAGUGCUCUUGAUAUUCUGGCGUCGCAGCUCAACUCCAAGCCAACUCACUUUAUUUUGGAGCUCAUCCAGAAUGCGGACGAUAACGCGUAUCCACGUGGCGUCCGGCCUACAUUCAGCCUUGUCCUCGGCAAGAAUGGAUCCAACUACACACUUCGUACCGACUGCAACGAGACCGGCUUCUCUUUGAAGAACAUCGAUGCUAUUUGCAGUAUUGGCAAGAGCACCAAAACCGGGAUUAUUAAUGGUCAGAAAGGGUUCAUUGGCGAGAAGGGCAUUGGGUUCAAGAGCGUCUUCAAAGUUGCCCAUCAAGUCGACAUCCUGAGCAACUUUUAUGAAUUUCGAAUUGACCGCACAGCCCACCUGGGCAUGCUCGAUCCGAAGCCGCAUAGAUUCCCUGACACUCAGAGACGUGAGGGGCACACCCAAAUGCUGCUUCAUCUUCUCAGGGACAAAGACCACAGAAUUUCUGACAUAACCAAAGGACUCCAGCAAAUCAAGCCGGAGUUGCUUUUGUUCCUGCGUCAGCUGAGCGUGCUGAAUAUAAAGGCCGAAAACGGACAUUGCGUGUAUAGGUCAGCUCGCCAGGAUCGGGAUCCAAGAUACGACGGAGAAACUGUUUCUUUGAUUGAGGAUCGUACCGCAUCCCCACUCGAUGAGCCCGUGAAGACCACAAAGCUGUAUCGCAUUGUACGAUACGAAUUGCAUGACAUGCCUGUCGAUGCCCGCCGGAAUAGCGUUUCCAGCACCGAGAUCACACUGGCGUUCCCUGUUGGCUCCGAGCUCGAGACAUGCGACGCUUUUGCUUUUCUGCCAAUCGACCAGUCUGGAUUCAACUUCAUCGUGCAGGCCGACUUCCUUCUUGUGGCCAAUCGCCAGGCACUGCAGCAUGCCCUGCCGUGGAACCAAAGAAUCCUUGAGGCUGUUCCCGAUGCCUUCGUGCAAGCAGUUCAUCACUUCAACCAUCCCGGUGCAACACACGGAUACAGUCUGAAAUACGAAUGGCCUCUCUUCCUCGAGUACACCGGCCCGAAGAGCUCCCCCUGGGCAGAGGUUCAUCAAGGAAUCAAGAAAAGACUGUGCGAUGAGGACGUUCUUGAAGCUCGAGAUGGCAGCUUUAGGGCUGUGCGGCCUAUUCCAUGCCCUGCGGGCACUCAGCAGACUGCUGCCCACAAACCACUCAUUGUCAUUCCAACAGAGUACCGCUUUGACAAUGGCUUCCUAAUCGAUGCGACAAUCAACCACGGCCAUCAUCUGGCGUUCGAAUACGACCCUGUCUUGGAGAAGUUGAAGACACUCGACAUGAAGGAGAUGACUAGUGCAGGUCUUCGUAACGAAUUCAGCGAUUGGCUCGAACGUGCUGGCCAUGCCGGACUUGCCGCGAAGUCUGACAAGUGGCACGUGGCACUGGCUGCGGCCUUCAUGUGGAAAGGCCGCAGCAAGCAGAAAGACAAGCUUCAGGAACUACCUCUGGUUCAUCUAGCAGACGGGAGCUGGGCAGCCUGUGCGAGCGGCGACAUCUUUUUCCCGUCAACGUCAACGGGAGCAGUCUUGAAUGUGCCCUCUGAUCUUGGAAUUCGAAUCGUUCAUUCACAAGCUGCAAAAGAUCCACAUCGACGGGAAUUCUACACUUACCUCGGUGUCAAAAAGCUGGACGCUGAAACGAUUUGUUCUUUGAUUCUGGAAAAGCACGCAACGAUUCCGAGACCUACGCGGAAGCCGCUUAACUGGGUGCUCGACAUCCUGUUCCUUUUCAGACAGAAGAAGCUUCUAGAGACGAUGGACAAGAAACCUCGAUGGUUCCUGGUGGCCGGCAAUAGGUCGAUCGCAGAGCAUGUGUAUGUGGAGGAUCCGUCUAGCCACUGCCCUCUCCUUUCUAGACUCAUUGCCGAUCCUAGCUCGGAGAUACGAACCCCCAGCAGCGAUAUUAUGGACGCAUUCACUGGGAACACCAAAUAUGAAUUCAUCAGUUGGUUGCAGCAGCUCCCGGGAGUAUCCUCACGACCCCGACUCGUACAUAAGGGCUGUUUGACUAGAGAAUGGCUCGUUCUCAGUCAAAAUGCAGGCAAUGAGCUCUUGAUUUACCUGAAAGACAUGUACAAGAAUGACCACCAAUCUUUCAGUCACAUGGGCGAAGUUGGGGCCGCCAUGGGUAACAUUCGCGUUCAACUGAUGAACAACCAACGAAUCGCCCAAAGGCCAGCAUCUGCAGUCACCCAAGAAUCGGUCAACGAAUUUUAUAGAAAGCUGAGCAUAAGUGCCCGAGACUUUCAACCUCAGAUCCGAACUGCAUUUACACAGCAGCCCUUGAUCUUCAUCAGCGGCCCAAAUCCCCAAUGGGCUUAUCCGACUGACUGUAUAUGGCGUCGGCCUGACUACGUUGAAACCGGAUUGCCCCUGCCCAAGGUGUAUGAAGGCUAUACUGGUCUGUUCAGGGAUUACCUCGAGAUUCGAAGCAUCAACACAGGUGAUAUCGCACGCGAGAUAAAGGCUAAAGCCCAGAAUGGGGGAAGUAUUGAAAAGGUUAAACAUCUUGUUCGAGACCUCAUUGCAUUGCUUCCUCAUGGGAGACUUGCUGAACUAGAGGAGCAAGACCGAGACGAGAUCGAGGGAGCACAAUUAUUCCCUGUCAAGACUUACAGGCCGGAGCUGGAAAAGAUGUUCAUCGGUAAGGUCGAGCUUCUCGACGUAGAUGCGAGUCUCCGAAGAAGCCUCGUGGGCGCGUUUGGGCUGCACCAUCGACAACUUUCCAAGGCUGUCACGGAAGAAGUGACUUGGAACGAUCGGGGACAAACUGUUGAUCGCAACAUGACAACCUCGUUCCGUUCUAGGGCUGCACAAUUUUGCAGGUACGACUCGAUGUUUCUUUCGAAUCUCAGAUUCACGUUACUGGUCAGGCUAACACGACUCAGGCUCAGUAGCAACCCGACCGCCGAAAUGCUUGAUCGGCUCAAGAAAACCGAAGUUAAGACGGUCUCAUGCAUAAACAUCACGAGAAACCUCGAUGGAUGCGACCCGAUACGAGAUGCGUCGCGUCGCCACCAUGUACAGGAGCUCGAUGACCGCAUCGUCAUUUAUCACACCACUCUCACCGAGGCGGAUGUGAUGCACCUCGAAGACGACUUCUCAAGUAUGGUCGUCAGAACUUGCGGCAUUGACGAUGCGCGGUGGUCUCGGCUGGUUCCUUUCAUAAUGCGAGUGGAUCCGGAUCAGAUCAUGGAUUUUCUCGACAAGCAUGAUGUGCAUGAUAACAACGGGCUGGCGUUUGACAAGGUGGACGAGUGGGAGAAAGCCAAGAGCGAGAAUGGUCCGUCUGAGAAGAAACAGGGAGACCAGGUGAUCGGAUCUGUUCUAACAGAAAACGCCAUGGUUGUGGGCGACGGCCCAGAUGAUUUCGACUUGGGCGGCAUUUCCUUUGAAGAUAACGACGCGGGUCUGUUUGACGACGAAGAUUUCGAGGGCGGCGCCCCCGACAAGCCAGACGCUCUCAAGAAAGCCACUGAAGCUGCUGAGGUUAAACUGGAGGAAACGGCGCACCACUGCCCUGGGACAGCUCCCUCGGCAUCGUCUCCAACAUCGAAUCCCAUGCCUCUGAGAAACGUCCGCCGUCAUUCCAGAUUUGAGGAGUCAUCUCAUACUCGCAAGAGACAGCGCGUUGAAAGGAUCACGACUCCGCCCAGUGUUGACAGGAUCAGCGAUGACGCAGACGUAUAUGAUGAUUUGGCAAUCGACGACGCUGAUGAGCUCCCAUCGGAGUCGGCAAUCGAGGUGGACGUCCCGCCGAUUCCUCACGAGCCAGGAUACCCUGGAGUGAGACAAAAUGUGGAGGCCCUACUGAGCGAAUUACUCCCUGGCUGGCAGCCGUAUGGAGCCGAGAUGCCCGACUGCUAUCGAUACGUCGACGAUGGAGACGAGACCAUGCUCAAGUUUUCGAAGAGAUUUCAUCUCAGGGCUGACAGUUUUGAACACAUUGCACCGCAGAUGAAGGCGGGAACCACCUACUGUCUCGAUGUCAAGAUUACUGCCGGCGAAGUGUCGACGCCUUUCGGUUUGAAUAAGACGCAAAAUCACUUUCAUCACAAACGAGACAAUACGACCAACAUUGUAUAUCUUGUUUUGCGGGUAUCUCACGCCCUACAUGACAUCCAGGACCUCUUGGUCGUAUUGAACCCUUGGACUCGCCGCGUUGAUGAGAAUGACCGGACGGAGCUCCAGUGUAGCGAGUGGACUGUGUUCAACUUUGUGUGA